AUGGUACGAGACUUGUUAACACUGCCCACUUCAUUACCAUUGAUUACUGCCGGUUUUGCUACCGAUCAAGUCCAUUUGCUUGUUGGUACAGGGUCCACUGACUCAAUCAGCGUUUGUAAGAAUAGAAUCCACUCCGUUUUGAAUGCUGGUGGAAAUCCCGUAGUGGUGAAUCCCUCGUCGCCAACUCACACUAAACAACUACAGUCGGAAUUUGGCCACUUUGAUAAAUUUCAAAUAAUAGAGAGGGACUUUACUUUAUCCGAUUUAACUACUUUAGGGAGAGUGCUUGUGUGCAAAGUUGUAGAUAGAGUGUUCGUAGACCUACCCAUAACUCAAGGUAGCCUAUGCAAUGAGAUCUUUUGGCAAUGCCAGAAACUGAGAAUUCCUAUAAACACGUUCCAUAAACCAGAGUUUUCCACAUUCAACAUGAUACCUACGUGGGUCGACCCAAAAGGUAGCGGCUUACAGAUUGCAGUUACUACGAACGGUAAUGGGUACAUAUUGGCCAACAGGAUAAAAAGAGACAUAAUAUCUCAUUUACCCCCCAAUAUAUCUGAAGUGGUGGUAAAUAUGGGAUACUUGAAGGACCGAAUUAUAAACGAAGAUCAUAAGGCUCUGUUGAAGGAAAAAUACUAUCAAACUGAUAUGUCAUUAUCUGGAUUUGGCUACGGAUUAGAUGAAGAUGGUUGGGAAAGUCAUAAGUUUAACAAACUAAUCCGUGAAUUUGAAAUGACCAGUAGGGAACAAAGACUCAAAAGAACCAGAUGGUUAUCGCAGGUAAUGGAAUAUUAUCCAAUGAACAAGUUGAGUGACAUUAAGUUAGAGGAUUUCGAAACUUCUUCCUCUACAAAUAAGAAGAUAAAACAAGAAACUACUUCAGAUAGCGCAAUUCCUCCUAUAGAUGAAAAAAUCGAAAAUAGCUCAAAACAAUUGCAGUUAUUGGAUGUUGGCAAAAAGGAAGGUUCUAAAAAACUGGGGAAGAUUUCGUUGGUCGGAAGCGGUCCAGGCUCAGUAUCCAUGCUAACAAUAGGUGCGUUACAGGAGAUAAAGACUGCGGAUAUAAUUUUAGCUGACAAGCUAGUGCCACAAGCUAUUUUAGACUUGAUACCUUCUAAUACUGAAACGUUUAUAGCUAAAAAAUUUCCCGGUAAUGCUGAACGUGCACAACAGGAAUUACUUGCCAAAGGAUUAGAAUCGUUGGCUAAUGGAUUGAAAGUGGUACGUUUGAAGCAAGGUGAUCCAUAUAUUUUUGGUCGUGGUGGUGAAGAAUUCAACUUUUUCAAGGAUCAUGGAUAUAUUCCAUCAGUUCUUCCAGGCAUAAGUUCUUCUCUAGCAUGUACUGUAAUGGCUCAAAUCCCUGCUACGCAACGUGAUAUUGCGGAUCAAGUACUCAUAUGUACUGGAACUGGCAGAAAGGGUGCUCUGCCCAAAAUCCCUGAAUUUGUUGAAAGCAGGACUACUGUUUUUUUAAUGGCAUUGCAUCGCGCCAACGUCCUGAUCACAGAAUUGUUAAAACAUGGUUGGGAUAGUGAUGUUCCCGCUGCAAUCGUCGAGAGAGGUUCAUGCCCUGAUCAACGUGUAACUAGAACUCUUCUUAAGUGGGUGCCACAAGUGGUAGAAGAGAUUGGUUCAAGGCCCCCGGGUGUCUUGGUUGUAGGUAAAGCUGUGAAUGUAUUGGCUGAACAAGAUCUAUUGAAUUUUGAUGAAUCAAGAAAAUUUGUCAUUGAUGAAGGUUUCAGAGAAUUCGAGGUUGACACGGAUAGCCUAUUUAAAUAA